GAACGGCUGUUACGUUGCGUGGUUGUCAUGAAGAACCGGUCUGGGCCGCGUGUUACCUUGAGGGCAUAGUUACAUUCCCGACACUCAGCUUGGGUGUGUGAUUGGCAUCAGAAGUGUAGCACAGAAGCAAGAACCGAACCAAAUGCUGUGGAAAUUCUUCUUGGAAUCAUUAGCUGCAUCUGAGCGGACGUGUUGUGUCGAUGGAGGCGCUAAGACGAUCGGUGAGAAGCUUCAAGUUCCAAAACCAGUUGUGUUUGCGAUUUAAAUCCUCAGCCAAGAGAAAUGACAGACCCGUCGUCGGUGUCAUGGCUCAAGAACUUACUUUUCCCAAACCGAACCGGACGUCUUACAUGUAUGCCUCUCAUGUGAAAUUCCUGGAGUCGGGGGGAGCGAGAGUUGUCCCUGUCAUGAUAAACCAGACUGUGGAGGAGUACGAGAGACUGUUCAACUGCAUCAACGGGGUCCUCUUACCGGGCGGACCCGUUUGCCCCAUGUCAUCUGCUUACGCGAGGUCUGCAAAGAUCUUUUAUGAGCUUGCUAUCGAGGCGAAUAAGAAAGGCGACUAUUUCCCCGUGUGGGGCACCUGUCUGGGAUUACACAUGCUGUCUUAUCUGACAAGUGGAGAAGACUUACUGAUCGUGACCAACACAAAGGGUGUAUUAUUGCCUCUGACCUUCACUGAUGAUGCCAAAAAAAGCCCGAUGUUCAGGGGCUUCACAGAUGAACUCAUGAAAGAACUGGCCUCUGAGCCGCUGUCACAACACGCACACAAGUGGAGUCUGGCGUUAUCUACGUUCAACUCAAAUGAGAAACUGAAGAAGUUCUACAAAGUUCUGACCACGAAUAAGGACGGAGAAGUUGAGUUUGUUUCCACAAUGGAAGCGUAUGAUUACCCGAUUUAUGCGAUUCAGUGGCACCCAGAAAAAAAUGCAUUUGAAUGGACAAAGCCUGCUAUUGCACACUGUCCCUCAGCAGUCAAGACCACGUUCCACAUAGCAGAGUUCUUUGUUGGCGAAGCCAGAAAGAACUUCCACAGAUUUGAAUCAGAGGAGGAGGAGAGGAAAGCGUUGAUAUACAACUACUCUCCUGUGUACACUGGGCCUGUGUCUGGCUUUGAGCAAACCUAUUAUUUCUGCUGAUCACAAUGGAAAUAUUACAAUAAAACAGUGUUAAAU